AGCAGUUCAAAGCUUUGAAGAAACAGAGAGCGGUAUUGUCAGGUUUUCCUUAGUUAACGUCGCCUGUUUCGAGUGCAGCCUGUUCAACAUGAACGAACGGGAUAUGUCACUUCUUUUGUCCAGAGACAGCCGAAUUGAAAUUGAGUUUUAUCAAAAUGCCAGCGGAGAAGGAGCAACAGCAGUCUCUCCAGCGAUGACGUCAUGCGGGGGCGUCCCAGUACUCUUAAGGUGCACCCAGACCGACCUGUUUGCGCUACGUCAGAGACAGGCGGACUUGGAGGAAGGGUUUAGGAUUUAGUGUUUAGUGCAGCAUUUGGGACGCGGCAUUUAUGUUUUUGGACGAGUUUUUGCGUAUGUGUUUUGCUGGAUUAUUGAUUAAUUAUCGAUGCACAUUGAUAGAACUCUUCUGAACUACGUCAUCGGUUAAAAGGGCUCCUAGGCGAUCUGAUCACGCCGUUGUGUAGCUAGGAGCCGGUUCUGAGGAUGUCGUUAGAAAACACUUCCUUCUUCGGGGCCAGGUGUCCCCUGUGAAAGACCGUUCUGGCUGGAUCGUGUCUUUGGUCUCUUGCAUUGAGCAGGUCGGCGUCAUGGCCAAGAAGCUGGUGCUGGUGGACGCGGACUGCGGUAUAGACGAUGCCCAGGCUAUAAUGAUGGCCCUGGCCGCCCCGGCCGUCCGCGUCCUGGGAAUCACUUGCUGCUUUGGGAACGCACCCGUGGAGAACGUCUGCAGGAACACCCUGCGAGUCCUCGCCGUGUGUGACAGGACUGAGGUUCCUGUGUUCUGCGGUGCUGCCUCCUCACUGAUAGGGGAGCAGAGCCUAGCCUGCUGUCACUUUGGGACAGAUGGCCUUGGUGAUGUACCAGACGAAAGCAACCCCAAGGCUCUGAGUGCUCAGGUCAAGACUGAGCACGCAGUGAACGCCAUGAUCCGAAUAGUGUCUGAGCACCCGGGCCAGGUUUCUCUAGUAGCCCUUGGACCCCUGACUAAUCUAGCUCUUGCUGUGCGAAUGGACCCUACUUUCCCUGUGAAACUUAAGAAUCUCUUUAUCAUGGGAGGAAAUAUGGAAGGGAAAGGCAACCGGACAGCAUGUGCCGAAUUUAACUUUGGAAUGGAUCCAGAAGCAGCUCAUAUUGUCCUGAAGGAGUUCUCUUGCCCUACACAUAUCGCAACUUGGGAAUUUACCUGCCAUCACCAGUUGCCAUGGGAAUUCUUUGAGGAAUGGGUUAACCAAGACACCGCUGCUGCUGCUUUCAUGAAGAAAAUAACAUCCCAGUGCACGGCGUUUUCCAGGAAGGAAUGGGCGAUAAAGGAUGAGCUGUUUGGGCCCGGGUUUGUCUCUUGUGAUUCGUAUGCCAUGGCUGCCGCUAUUGACAGCAGCAUAAUGACGGAGAACAUCCAGUGUGCAGUUCACGUGGAGCUGAAAGGAGAUCUCACGAGAGGAAUGAUGGUACUAGACCCAGCCAAUUUCCGUAACAAGCAGCACAAAACAUUUGUGAUGAAGGCGUUUGAUAUGGACAAGUUCACACAGCUACUUGUAGCUGCUCUGAAGCAAACAACAAAAAAACAUGAGCAACAUGGAAGUGUUGCAAUAUCCUAAAAAUUAAAGUUGAUAGUUGUCCAUUUUGACAGAGUUAGAAGAUUAUAGCUAACAUGAGUUAUAGUAUAUAUAAUGAGUUUAUAUUAGGUUUUUUAUGGGUCAAGUAUUUUUCUUAAGUUGCAGGGAGUUCUAUAUAAGAUGUCUUUAUGGAAUUCUGAGUGGCCCUUAGAGACUUCUUAGAGGUCCUGUCAUUCAUGAGAUUUUGUAAAAUGAUUGAUACACCUUUUUAAAAAAUGUAAAAUUAUAAAUACUAUGCCACUGAUAUUUUAGUUAGCUUUCAAAGCAUAUUGUUUGUUGUGUAAUAUCAGUCACUGUUAAUGAAUUCACAAAUCUAAUGUUUUUUAUACCACACUCACUUUGGUGAAUGCACUUAUUCAGUGUUUAUUUUGAAUACAAGCUGGUGAAAUUCAAGUGUUAUACAGUAUGGAAAAUUGUAUAAAAGGGGGCCAUUUUAUUGUUGUACUAAAGACAGAACCCUGCUGUGGCCCUUUCAUUGAGACCAAAAUAAACUAUGUAUUUACUUCAAGUUAACACA